AUGAACACAAUUAAUAUUGAAUUUCAGUCUGUAAAUCCCAGGUUACACCAAUUAUUACCCCGGGUCACAUCAGUAUACGAGCAAAUAUUAAAAAACUAUUUACAACAAGAAUAUGUCCUUAAAAAUAAACCAGAUGAAAUAAAUUUAAACAAUCCCCGAAAUUUUCAACCUAUUGAAAAUAUAUAUUUUGGUGUUAGAGUAGAUGAAUUGAUAAAUGAAAGUCAAAUAGAUUCAGAUGAUUUACACAAUUUUAGAAAAAAUUGUUUAAACUUUUACAUCGAAUUAGCUAGACAAAUAAAAGCGAGGUUUCCUUUUGACAAUCCACUAUAUCUACAGCUCACCUGGUUAGACCCUAAAAAUAUUUUUUCCAUUAAAAAAGCGAAAUCAAUUAUUCCCUUAGUUAGAAAAUUUCCAAAUAUGGUAGAACAACUUCUCGAGAUGUACUGCGCAUGCACAGGAGAAGCACCGUACGAGGCACAAUACAAACUCAUUAAAGAACAUUUCUGGGCAUACUUUAUAUAUUAUAAAUCUCCUGAAAUACCAACACCGUGGACGGAAAACAGUGAUAUCGAAGAAGAAAACGAGCCUGCGGCAGCCGCUGUAGUUGGGCCUUCGGCCCAAGUUUUAAAUUCAAACAACACUGCGGUAACGGGUUUGCAAUAUGCUACGCUACCUGGCGCGAUCGAUCAUGGCGCGGAUGAGCCUGGAGGUCAAACAGAGGACAGUGGAAUACAAAGUCUAUCGUAUAGCCCGGUACUGAUGAACAUUUAG